AUGACUUCAAACUCGGAUCUACCCGAGACCCCGCCUGCAGCAGAAGCAGAAGCAGACUCAGAGCCAGCUACAGAAAAGCCUGGGAAGCGAAAUGCGUUCACCGAGUUAAUGACGUCCAGGAGCAAAAAGUCGAAACAAGCCGAACCCCAGAAACCUAGACGCCAUACCACCUUUUUCCAAACGAGAGACGCCUUAGGGCUUUAUAUUGAGCGACCAGAAACCUACCCGUCAUCUGUUGUGGUCUAUUACAACGAUGACUUUGUCGCGAUACACGAUCGAUUCCCGAAAUCUUCUCUACAUUUGUUAUUACUCCCCCGCGACGCAACCAAGUUCUACCAACACCCCUUUGACGCCUUUGAGGAUAUCGAGUUUCUACAUAAGGUUCAGGAGGAGGUCAAAAAGCUACGCGCAUUAGCAGCGCGGGAACUACAACGUCGAUACGGGAAAUUCUCAUUGCAGGAAAAAGCACGCCGUGAAGCAAUGGAACAAGAUCCACCGCCGGAUGAAUUACCCCCUGGACGAGACUGGGAGAAAGAGAUCAUGACGGGGAUUCAUGCGCAUCCAUCCAUGAACCAUUUACAUAUCCACGUCAUGUCUGUGGAUCGGUAUAGUGGUUGGUUAAAGCACCGUAAACAUUACAAUAGUUUCUCGACGCCGUUCUUUGUUCCUAUCGAUGACUUCCCUUUAGCUGCAGAUGAUGUCCGGCGUCAUCCAGGUAAGCAGGGCUACUUGAAUAGGGACUUUCAGUGUUGGAAAUGUUCUCGAAAAUUUGGGAACAAAUUUCAGCAGCUCAAGCAGCAUCUCGAGGAAGAAUUUGAAGUAUGGAAACAUUUAUGA